AUGCCUUCUUAUACUAACGGUAUGAAUGGGGAUGUGGACACCUUUUUGUUCACUUCUGAAUCUGUUGGUGAAGGACAUCCAGCAAGCCCAGAUAUAGCGAGGGGUGUACAUGAAGGAAGACGAGUUGAAGACAUUGGUGCUGGAGACCAGGGCUUAAUGUUUGGCUAUGCAACUGAUGAAACAGACGAGUGCAUGCCGCUAACAGUUACUCUAUCACACGCUCUGAAUAAGCGUUUGGCUACAUGUAGACGUAACGGCAUUUUACCAUGGGCUGGUCCUGAUUCGAAAACUCAAGUGACUGUAGAAUACUUGGACGAUCAUGGCGCUUGCCGACCUUUACGAGUGCAUACAGUCGUCAUUUCUACACAACACGAUGAACACGUGACACUAGAAAAAGUGCGUACCGAUUUGAUGGAACAUGUUAUCAAGGAGGUGAUACCUGGCAAACUUUUGGAUGAAAGAACUAAGUAUCACUUGAAUCCAGCCGGAAGAUUUGUAAUUGGAGGUCCACAAAGUGAUGCUGGUCUGACAGGUCGAAAGAUCAUUGUGGACACGUAUGGCGGUUGGGGUGCACACGGUGGUGGAGCGUUCUCAGGGAAGGAUUAUUCAAAAGUAGAUCGAUCAGCAGCCUAUGCAGCACGUUGGGUAGCCAAAUCCCUCGUGAAGGCUGGCCUUUGUCGGCGUGUCCUAGUUCAGCUCUCCUACGCCAUAGGGAUUGCAGAACCGCUAGCUAUCAACGUAAAUAGCUAUGGAACUGGAAAGAUUAGUGAUAAACAGCUGCUUAAUAUUAUUGAAAAGAAUUUUGACUUACGCCCUGGUGUGAUUGUCAAAGAUUUGGAUCUCAGAACACCGCGUUACCUGCAGACAGCCGUUUACGGUCACUUUGGUCGACCAGAAUUCCCAUGGGAACAGUGUAAGAAGUUGAUCUUAUAG